AUGGCGCCUCUCUCGACUUUUCUCUCUGCUGCUCUGCUUCUGCCCCUGUUGGCCAUAGCGGCUCCGGCUCCGGCCGCCAGCCCGGCCCCACGCCGGGGUGAUCGCUUCCUCGGCGUGCCCAUCGCCAACCCGGACGCAAACGACAUCAUCCCGAACAAGUUCAUUGUGGUGUACAACAGCACGUUCUCCAGCGAUGAGAUCGAUGCCCACCAGGCCAAGGUCAUGACGACCGUCGCCAAGCGCAAUAUUGGCAAGAGGUCGCCCAUUGACAACCGCUUCCUGUCCACCAGCGUCAACGCCAUCAAGAUCAACACCUGGCGAGCCAUGUCGCUCGAGGCCGACGACAAGGACAUGAUUGACAUGUUCAGCACGAGCGACGUGAUCAGCUACAUCGAGGCCGAUGCCAAGGUGUCUCUCUCGGCGGCGCAGACCCAGCAAGGUGCUCCGUCUGGCCUGAUUCGUCUGUCUAAUGCUGCUGCUGGCGGCACCACUUAUACCUUUGACAGCACUGCCGGCCAGGGUAUCACGGCGUUCAUCGUGGACACUGGCAUUUUGACCACUCACAGCGAGUUCGAGGGCCGUGCGACUAUGGCUGCGAACUUCGUCAACAACGUCGACACCGAUGAGAACGGGCACGGGAGUCACGUCGCCGGUACCAUUGGAGGAGCGACUUUUGGUGUGGCCAAGAAUGUCAACCUGAUGGGCGUCAAGGUGUUGGAUGCUGAUGGGGCUGGAUCCAACUCCGGUGUCAUCGCAGGCAUGCAGUUCGUGGCCGAAACCGCCUCAUCAAGUGGACUGUCAGGCAAAGCCGUCAUGAACAUGUCCCUCGGCGGCUCGCGCUCCAACGCCGUGAACGCCGCCAUCAACCAGAUCCGCGCGGCGGGCGUCGUGCCCGUCGUGGCCGCCGGCAACGAGAACCAGAACGCCGCCAACGACAGCCCCGCCUCGGCCACGGGCGCCAUCACCGUCGGCGCCAUCGACCAGACCACCGACGCCCGGGCCAGCUUCUCCAACUUCGGCAGCGUCGUCGACAUCUUCGCGCCCGGCGUCGACGUCCUGUCCGUGGGCAUCGCCAGCGACACCGACACCGAGACGCUGUCCGGCACGAGCAUGGCCAGCCCGCACGUCGCCGGCCUGGCCGCCUACCUCAUGGCGCUCGAGGGCAUCACCGACGUGGACGCCGUCGCGGACAGGAUCACCGAGCUCGCUGGCCAGACUGGCGCUCGCGUGAGGAACAAUAGACGAGGCACGACGAGCCUGAUUGCCAACAACGGCAACCAAUAA